UUCAAGAACCGCUACGCCCGAAUCUGUUUUGACCUGGGGGACUUCGAGUCUGACAAAGGUAUCCUCAGAGGCUGGCGGGAGAUCACUUAAAACCUCCAACAUGGACUAUGUUGUAUCUCCCAAAACAUCUGGUAGAGCUCUCUGCUUGCUCACCUUGUUCAUCCUAUUCAUGCUGCCGUAGAUGCACCUGCUACUAAGAUACAUACCCUGAGCCACACUAUCAUCGAGUCUCCCAUGUCAAGCAUCUAUUCCUCUCCAGGAUCUUCCUCCAACACCGCCGCGACAGCAAACUCUUGGAGCUCAAGUCCAACAUUUGCAAUAGCAUCGCCCCACGUUGGGCAUUGUUAUUUACAUCCUGUAUUUGUGCCAGGUUCCUGGCAUCUACUUUACGAUGUUAUCACCCAACACUUUGUUUCUCAGCCGAGAUGUGACUUUAAUGAAUUGGCAGUACAGCCGCCCGUCAAGUAUCUCAAGAUCAACAUCGGCCAUGCUUUGCCCCCAAUCGUCGUGUGCAACCGAUCCGCUGGUGUAACCCUUCAAGACGUCUUCAAAGAGCUAUCCAAUGUCUUCAACACGAGAGUUCCGCCAGAUGUGUUUUCGGCGAUGCCUAAACCAAAUCAGGCCAUUGCUACGAAACAGUUUAAUAAUCGCACCAACGGAAAGGGGAACUUGUUUUGCGAGGGCACCUUAUGGGCCGAUUUCCUGGGUCCUAAUCGAUACUUUGCCGGUUUAAGUCAAAGGGCAAAGGAUGAUGCCUGCUACGCCUUGUUCGUGGUACCUCAAUGAUCGCUCUUGUUCUUUUCAGAGCUGACGUCGUCCCUUUUUCCAUUUAAGUUAUUAUUAUUCAUAGCUCUUCUGCGAGAACAGUCUACCACUUUCA